AUGCUCUGUCAACGUUCGAUGCUGGCGUUGAGAAUCUCAUGCUCCUGUAUUAUGCAGAACCAGAACUCGAAAAGAGUGAGCUGAGAUACUAGCUUUGAACGACAAACGUGGCAGCUAAUGGAACUCGACGGUUGUCCUUCCCCUUCCACUGGGUUGCAACGUUUCUGCUUUUUUUUUGUACUCUUCUGUUUUCUUUUUGAAGCUCGAUCCGCGUGCUUGUCUCAGACCCAUGAAGAUCCCACCUUCAACCCGCCAUUUCUAACACUACACAACCGUUUUCUUGCAGAAAGUAACGACAUGAUCAUGGACAGUAAGAACAACAGAUGUUCAGAGAAGAUUAAUAAAGGUUCACAACUUAGAGAGGCAUUUAAAAUGCUUGAUGCCAACUUCUUCGAUGAUACUAAGGUGUUGGACAUUGCGAGGGAAGCAAAAGAGCUUAAUUUACCAAUUUUUGCAGCUAACAGGGAAUUAGUGGCUUCUGAGAAUGGAGGGUUGCAUAACCCAUCUUGUUUGAUUUUUAACCCUGAGUGGACAAAUGAGCAAGUGGAAAAUGCAAGCAACAGGUUCAGUUAUCCAACCCUCUCUGGCAUUCAGAAGCCGAAAACUGAAGAAGAUAUUGCCUUUAUGAGUAUACUUGAAUUAGGGGAACUGAUUAGGACAAAGCAGAUUACAUCUCUGGAGCUUGUACAAAUUUUUCUACAGAGAUUAAAGAGGUACAAUCCUGUUCUGGAAUCAGUGAUCACUUAUACUGAUGAAUUGGCUUAUAAACAAGCAAAAGAAGCUGAUGAAUUGCUUGCCAAAGGAGUGUAUUUGGGACCUCUCCAUGGGAUUCCUUAUGGGUUAAAAGAUAUUAUUGUCGUGCCUGGAUACAAGACAACAUGGGGUUCUGGAAGUUUCAAAGAUCAAGUUCAUAAUAUUGAAGCUUGGGUUUACAAGAGGUUGAAGUCUGCAGGGGCAGUUCUAGUUGCUAAGCUUGUCUCUGGAUCGCUUGCGUAUGAUGAUAUCUGGUUUGGGGGUAGGACAAGAAACCCUUGGAACAUCGAGGAAUUUUCAACUGGCUCGUCAGCUGGGCCCGCUGCCAGCACCUCAGCUGGGAUGGUUCCAUUUGCAAUCGGUUCAGAAACUGCUGGCUCAAUUACAUACCCUGCAGCUCGUUGUGGCGUGACAGCGUUGCGUCCAACUUUUGGUACGGUCGGUCGAACUGGUGUGAUGAGCAUAGCAGAAAGCUUGGAUAAGCUGGGACCUUUCUGCAGAAGUGCUGAAGAUUGUACAGUUGUUCUGGACACCAUUCGAGGGAAGGACCCUGAUGAUCCCUCAUCAAGAUAUAUUCCCCUUGAUGAUCCAUUUUCUGUUGACAUUAAAAGGCUUACAGUUGGGUACACGGAUGAUGCUGAAAUGGAGGUUGUUAAUGUUCUCAAAUCAAAGGGUGUUAAUACGGUUCCUUUUAAAUUGAACUACACCGUCAACUCUGUUCAAGGUAUCUUAAAUUUUACCAUGGACGUAGAGAUGUUGGCUCAUUUUGAUGAGUGGCAACGCACCAGGCAAGAUGACCUUUAUGAAGCUCAAGAUCAAUGGCCCACUGAAUUGCGUCGUGCACGCGUAAUUCCAGCAGUUGAUUAUGUGCAGGCACAAAGGGCUCGGCGAAAAUUAAUUCAGGAAGUGAAAAAAAGUUUCACUGUCGAUGCAUUCAUUGGUAAUGCAACUGACUGGGAGAGAGUUUGCUUGGGAAAUCUUGUUGGUUUCCCAGUAAUUGUUGUUCCAACUGGCUUUAGAAACAUAUCCAAUCCACCUUCAGAGGGUACUCAAAGAAGAACCACCAUCACCACCGGUAUCUAUGCUCGUCCUAACCAUGAUCACAUUGCUCUAGCAUUAGCAAUGGCUUACCAAUCAGUCACUUGUCACCAUAAGCAGCGCCCACCCAUCGAUAAUCUUGGGCCAGGCGACAUAAUGCCAUAUCCACCAACAAGUAUCCCUCACAGAAGGCUGCAUCUAUGAAAGUUCCUGAAUCCAUAGCUUUGGGAUCCUAACAUUAUUGUUUAAUGGUAAUUUUAAUGAGAGGGCCAUGAAACUACAGUAGAUGAAGUGGAAAGGUUUGGCAGCUCAAAUAUUUCACCAAGAAAAGGAAAGGUGAUACAAGUACUUAGACAUUGCUUCUUUUUUCUGUUUUAAUUGCAUCCCUUUUUGGAGAUUGCGUGUAAAGAAGACCGGCAAAGUAACCUUUUAGAACCCUUUUUGUCCAAAUUGGAAAUGGUUCAACAUUAGUCAUUGAAGUACCAGGUGGUUCCUUUUUGUCCAUGAAAAA